UUUUCCGUUAUGCACGUUUUGUGUUUGCAAGUCUCGACAAGUUGUUUAUUCUCCAUUACAUUAUUCUUUUGUGAUUCUUUACCGGAUUUAUUUUGAUAAAUUACGUAUAUUCGAAAGUAAUAAACAUAUUUCAUUGUAGAGAAAGUUUUAUUAAUUUGUGUUUUAUUUAGAGAAUGUGAUUAAUCUCCAUCUUUAGGAUACUAUUUUGUGAAUAAUGAACCUUUGAUUUGGUAUUAUUUUGAACACUGUUAGAAGAAUAAUAAUAAUAUUAAAUACAAUAUAUAAACUAUUCAUUAAACCAUGAAUAAGUGGCGGGAUAAUUCACGAAAUUCGGAUAUAUUAGUUGUGUCAGAUUCUGAUGAUGAAGUUCCAGGUUCGCUUGAAGUGAGCAAAUCAUCAUAUUCCACACCAAAAUCACUUACUUAUUUGCAAAAAAGAAAACCACCGACAAGUCCAACUGUUAUAGAAGCUACAGAUAGUGAAGACGAGGAGGAUGACCUUGAAAAUACUUAUGAAUCAGAUAAGGAUGACAAUACAAUCAAUGAAUCAGAUGCUAAUGAUAGUCAGAAAAUAGAUAAUGACGAUGAAGAGGAGGAAGAGGAAGAAGAAGAAGAAGAUCAUAUUGAAAAUAAUAAUUCUUCAGAUGGAAGUGGCGAUGAAUGGAAUGGCGAUAAAAAAAAAGAUACAGAUAAUUCAGAUAGUUCCGACGAUUUUGAUGUGCCAGUAAAAAGAAAGUCAAAUAAAACAAAAAAAUUUCAAAUUCAUGAUGAUUCGUCUGAUGAAGAAAAUAGUGUUAAACAAAAACCACAAAGAAAAUCUGAUAUUUCCGAUGAUUCGUUUGAUGAUGAAAAUAGUGUCAAGCAAAAACUGCAAAGAAAAUCUGUACAUCAUGAUAUUUCCAAUGAUUCUCCUCCAAGAAUUGAGGUAAAAAAAAAUCUAAAUCAUUCUUCAAUAUUAGAAAUUGAAGAUUCAAUUGAAGAACAUUCUGAUGAACGUGAACCACUUUCUAUCAGCAAUAGUAGUGCUCCCGAUAUUGCUAUUUCACUAGCAAAAGGAGAAACUUCAAGUAGUAAUAUAGAUCCUAUAGUUGUACAAGAAAAACUUUUAAAAACUCACAAAUUGCAAAAAUUGCAAAAUGAUUUAUUAAAAGCUAAGAACAUUUAUCGUAGUGUAAAUCGUGAUCAACUUCCUGAUCGUGGAGAAAAAUUACGAAUGAGUAUUGAAACUUUAAAAGAAGAAAUACACAAUGUAUCUGUUGAAUUAGAAAAUUAUCCAAAAUUUGAUGACACUGAUUUAAGUGUUAUUUCAAUAAAAGAUGAAUCGACAAGAUCAUCACAUGGUUCACGUGCCACAUCACAAGAGCCAGAAUUUAUACCAUUAGGUGGACAAUCAGGUGGACAUGAAAUGGGUAAAAAGGCAAUGGCAACAUUUGAACGUGAAAAAGCAUUAACCGUUGAAAGAAUUGAACAUUUACAACAAUCGUUAAAUCGUUGUCCUGAAGAAAAUGAAGAGGCUGAAAAUCCACGUGGUUUAAAGACAAAAUUAAUGCCUCAUCAAAAACAUGCAUUGGCAUGGAUGCUUUGGCGUGAAAAAGAAAGACCACCAGGUGGUUUAUUGGCCGAUGAUAUGGGUUUGGGAAAAACUUUAACAAUGAUUUCACUUAUUGUUGCCACUAAAGAUGAAUCACAUUCUGAUUAUAGUGAAAGUGAUGAUGAUGAAGGCGAUAAAUGGUCAAAUAAUAAAAAAUUUGGACGUCCUAAAGGUGGAACACUUGUCAUUUGUCCAGCUUCACUUUUAGAACAAUGGCAAAAUGAAGUGAGUACACGUUGUAAACGUGGUGUUCUGCUCGUUGAACUUUAUCAUGGUCAAAAACGUGAAAUUGUUGCAAAACGUUUAGCACGCAAUGAUAUGGUUAUAACAACAUAUCAAUUAGUAUCGUCGGAAUUUAAAAAAAGUUCUUCAAUUCUUUUUAAAAUACGUUGGAAACGAAUUAUUCUCGAUGAAGCGCACGUUAUUCGUAAUCAUAGUGGUAAAAUUUCCGAAGCAACAUGUAAUUUAUCAGCGCGUAGUCGUUGGGCCUUAACGGGUACACCAAUUCAAAAUAAAGAACAAGAUUUAUAUGCUCUAUUGAAAUUUUUACGUGUCACACCAUUUAAUGAUCUUCAAGUAUGGAAACGUUGGGUUGAUAAUAAAAAUGCAACGGGACUUAAACGUUUAUCAACAGUGACUAAAACAUUAAUGUUGAGACGUACAAAACAAGAGCUUAUUGCAAAAGGUUCUUUGGAAGAGUUACCGGAAAAAUUUGUCAAUACCAUUUCAAUUGAAUUAGAUAAUGAUGAAACGAAAAUAUAUCAAUUGGUUUUAGCAUAUUCGAGAUCACUUUUCGCUCAAUUUUUAACACAACGUGCAGAAAAAAAUCAUUUAAUGGAAUUGAAUGCUGGAAAAUUUGAUAAACUUGCAUAUAUGAAUAAUAUUCCUGACUCGCAAUUUGUCGCUGCACAAAAGCAACUUUUUGGACAUAGAGGAGAAGAAGUAAAAUCUCAUCAUAUUUUAGUUCUUAUUCUUCGAUUACGUCAACUUUGUUGUCAUCCGGGUUUAAUAAAAGAAAUGUUAUCUAAAGAUGAAGCUGAAACAAAUGGAAUGGUAAAUGAUAAUGAUGAUAAUGAACUUGCAAAUAUAACUGCACAAAUUAACAAUAUGACACUUAUUGAAGAUGAAGAAAAUGAGGAAAAUUCUGAUGAUCAAAUAUUUUCAUCGAAAAAUCCAAUUUUUAAUUUUGAUCGAAAAAGUUCUAAGAUUGCAGCUAUUAUUGAAACUGUCAAGGAAAUUUCAAGGAAAAGAGAAAAAAUGAUAAUAGUUUCACAAUGGACUGGAAUGUUGGAAAUAAUUGGUGAACAUUUGUCAGCAAUUGAUAUUAAUCAAUGGGAAAUGUUUUCUGGAAGUGUUCCAGUGAAAAAAAGACAAGGGAUAAUCGAUAGAUUUAAUGAUCCAGAUGAUAGUCUUGAAAUUUUACUUCUCUCACUUACUGCCGGUGGUGUUGGAUUAAAUCUCGUUGGUGGUAAUAAUAUUUUACUUGUUGACAUUCAUUGGAAUCCACAAUUGGAAUCACAAGCUCAAGAUCGAGUUUAUCGUUUUGGUCAAAAGAAGAAUGUUCACAUUUACAAAUUCCUCUGUAAGGAUACUAUUGAACAGAGAGUAAAAGAGCUUCAAGAUAAAAAAUUAAAUCUUGCUGAGGAUAUUUUUACAGGACACAGAAGGACAUCAAAUAAAUUGAGCUUGGAUGAUCUUAAAAACAUUUUUGAAAUGUGAACUGUAAAUUAAAUUGUGGCCGGCCACGUAAAACGAAUAACGUAUGUAAUUCAUAUUUUUAUUUUUUUUUUAUGCUACUGAACUUUUAAUUCUUUUAAUAUCUAGAGAUAAAACGUAUAUAUUUUAAAUAUAGAUAUAUUUUCUUUUGUAAAAAUCUCUACUAUAAUAUAAUAUACUUGUACAUUUAAAUUAUCUAAAA